UAACUUCUGAUUGGUCGAGUGUCCAGGACAAUAUGAAUGGCUACAUGUAUUGUUCGACUUCUUCCCAAGACAGUCUCAACUUUGUGGAUCUCAACUCCAGGAAAGUCCCUCUUAUGUAGUUUACUCGUGUCGGUUUUACUUUAGAGUAAACCGGGGGACUUAGUCUUUAGUGACACGAGGAAACGAAGAGGACUCGACAUUAAACUGGAGAAGAGUACGUCGAAGGAAGCUAACUGUUGAGUGAGACUCUGCUCUUCAUCUGGGCUGGACCGUCCUGAGCUUGAGAUGGGGGAUCCAGAGCCUCCAGAGUUUGGGUCCCUGGAGGAGGAGCUGGAGUAUUGGAGGGAUCAGGCUGCCAGACACCAACAGAGUGCGGAGGAAGCCCAGGAGGAGCUGCAGGAGUUUCAGCAGAUGAGCCGGGACUACGAGGUGGAGCUGGAGACGGAGCUCAAACAGUGUGAAGCGCGAAACCGCGAGCUCACCGCUUCAAAUAACCGCCUCCGCAUGGAGCUGGAGAACUACAAGGAGAAGUACGAGACACAGCACUCGGAGGCGUACCGUCAGAUCUCCACCCUGGAAGGAGACCUGGCUGAGACCACGGCCAUCAGAGACCAGCUUCACAAAUACAUCCGGGAGCUGGAGCAGGCCAACGACGACCUGGAGCGGACGAAGAGGGCGACCAUCAUGUCUCUGGAGGACUUUGAGCAGAGGAUGAACCAGGUCAUUGAGAGGAACGCCUUCCUGGAGAGCGAGUUGGACGAGAAGGAGAACCUGCUGGAGUCUGUCCAGAGGCUGAAAGACGAGGCCAGAGAUCUGCGACAGGAGCUGGCGGUGCGGCAGAAGCAGCAGGUUCAGGACAGGAAGCCGUCUCUCACCACUGUGGUCAAAGAGCUUCCCCUCGCCGCAGCUUCCCCGGCCGGUUUGCCGACGCCCCCGCUCACCCCUCCGGACAAAAGAACGGAGGACAAAAACACACCUUCAUCCUCUAACAAGCCCGUCCCUCCUGCCACCAACACGCCGUCCAGACCUGCAGACUCCUUCGCCACGCCGCCGGCAUCCAUCAGCAGAGCCGACAGCCUCUCAGCGACUCCUCUCACCACGUCGGCGAGGAUCUCGGCUCUCAGCAUCGUCGGGGAGCUGCUGAGAAAAGUCGGGAACUUGGAGUCGAAGCUGGCGUCGUGUCGGGAAUACGUCCACGAGCAGACGGGAGCCCGCAGAGGCCACGCGGGAGGACAGGGGGCGACGGCGAGUCAGAACAACUCAUCAGAGACGCAUCCCACAAACGGUCUCUACAACAAGGGGCUGGUGAAGAGGUUAGACUUCGGAGCGGGGUCCAAACUGCUGCUGUGAAGCGUCAAAGAAACCGUCCUUCGUCGAAGCUGCUCGAUGCUCCCUCUUCAUCAGACCCGGAUCUCCAAAGCGAGUGACGGUACUGUGUUUGCACAUUAAACGGACCGCUCUCUCUGCGAGCUGCAGAGACGAAACUGUACGAUGCGUUACUACGAAGACUUUCGGGACGUCCGAUUCAAGCAGGACUUCUUCUCAGCACUUCGCUCGAGCUGAACUAACCGACCGGACUUGUUUCUGUUUGAUCUCUUUUUGCCUUGUUUUGCUGUAAAGGUGGGUCGAGACUGAGUGUGGAGCUAAUUUAAAAAACACACAGUCAGGGAAAAGACUUCACUAAUGUGGUCUGCAUGGUUUGCUGUGAUGAUACAGACACUGGUUCUGUGUGGACGGAUGAGAACAAACCUCUCCAAACCACAUUGAGUCAAGUCACGGUUUAGAUUCAUGAAUCUGCUGCAGCUUCUUGUCCUUUAAACUGCUCCUUUAUUAACAGUCUUACUUUGAUUCAUCAGCUUCCUUUCACUUCUGUCCGACUUGAUUUGACGUCAUUGGUUCGUUUGAUGCAAAGCAACUCUUUAUAUGUGAUUUUACAGCUGCAGAGACGUUACUGAGAUGUCUGAAUUUUAAACCACAUCCAAAUGUUGCUCCAUCUACAAAAACAUGACACGUUUUCUCUCAGAUUUUUCAUUCCUGGUCCGGAUCAAAUUCAAGAUAGUUGGAUGAGAUUUGGACUUUCGCUCUGAACAAGCACAACAAAAAUUUAAGGUUGCACCAAAAGUUGAUUUGUGAAAUUCCAACUAAAGAAAAAAGGGAUAGUUCAGUUCUUUGGGGGUCAUUUUUGGACGUGGGUACUCACCACACACCUGAACACACCUGAAGGGCGUCUGACACUGAAAGGACACUUUUAACUACACGAGUGGAGAGGUUUUCUCUUUGGGCAACAUUUUCUUCUUCCUUUUACACAAUACAUCUCCACAGGUCAGGUUUCAUCACUGAGGUGCAUGGCGGCAAAAUCACAUUUAAAGGGACAGUCAGGGUUUUAUUGAAGUGGCAUUGUGAUAAGGUGAUAAUGUUCUGCUGAAAAAUGUACUCAAAAGAUGCACUUCAAUUCAGCUUUCCUGGUUUUCUGAUUUAACUUCUAAAAAAAUUGAAGAAAGCGGCCGUACACAACCGCUGGUAUCCUCUGAUCCAGAAAGGUCAUGAAAUACUGAGUCACCUGCACUACCAGGUAACUUUGGAAUCUCUCCCCUGUGGGUAAUACACUUGCUAUUGACAUGUAACUCAUACAACCCCACUUAAAAAACACUGAACUAUCCCUUUAAUGUGAUACAACUUCCCUAACAAGAGGAGAAAAUGUCACAAAAUUCAGAUCUGAUAUUUUAGACUUUAUAGACUAUCACAGAUUAAUGAACUGAUUGAUUAGGAGGGAUCAGAAGCUUGUGGAUAUUAGUAUUACUACAGGAACUACUCGUGCAAAAUCUAAAACAAGGAGAGGAACCUUUUAAUCAAUUCAAAAUUGGUUCCCUGGCAAUUUAGUUCUUGGUAAUUUAGGUGAAAACAUGUCUUUAGACACUUGAGAAUAAAGCGACUCCCUCUGCAGAGCAUCACUUCUUCUUGCACCGCCCGGUUUCCUGCAUCCCUGGACGUCACUCUCUCCUGCAUUUUUCUAUCCUGGUACCUAAAUUCGAAUACGUCUCGACAAGGAGGACUCUUUUAUCGCUGGUGAUAAUUCCAGCGUAAACUCUCAAAUGAAACGACUCCCUCUGCAGAGCUCGACUUCUGCCUCUGCGGGAGUGAAAUAGGAAACGAUUUGAAAACUUCAGUGAAGGCUUCUUGUGUUUUAUGUUAAAAAAGAACAGUAUGUAAUAGACGGACUUGUAGUGUGUGUUUAUGUGACGAUGUAGAGUCGCUAACGUAGGAUGAGUUUGUAGGAUGUGUUUCAGCGCUCAGGGCGACUUUUAAAAUGGAAAGACGUGGGGAACGAGUUAAGUUUGCCUUCUUGGACUUUAAAGGACUGACAUGCUCACAAACAACGUGUUAACUUUAUUUUUGUUGCUCUUUGUUUACUGUCAGUGCUGCUUCUGUUUCUGAAAAGCAAUAAAACUUGAAAUGUAAUAAAACUAAA